UUUCUUUCCUCAGAAAUUUGUCCAGCACCACAUGGGCCCUGUAAACACUUGGAUUGGCCUAACCGACCAGAGCGGGCCCUGGCGAUGGGUGGAUGGGACCGACUAUGAGACGAACUUCAAGAACUGGAGACCAGGGCAGCCGGAUGACUGGUACGGGCAUGGGCUUGGAGGAGGUGAGGACUGUGCCCACCUCACCAAUGAUGGCCGCUGGAAUGAUGACGUCUGCAGGAGGCCCUACCGUUGGGCCUGUGAGACAAAGCUGAAUAAGACCGGCUAGGAGCUCCCUCCCCUUAACUUAUUUCUCCAGUGCCUCAAGCUGCCGAAGUCUGGGAUUGGGAGAGCCUAGCUGGGGGUCUCCACAGCCUUAGGGAUUCUCAUCUAGGGUUUCAGGGAAGGGUAAAGAACGGUGUUGGAGGGGUGUGGCAUGACCUGGUGGGGUGGGGUCAUGGGGACCUGGGACACUGGGCAGUGUGCAGCUUACUGUUGUCCACUUUCUUUUUAAAGUAAAAAGGAGAGAAAUAUGCUUA